AUGGAUGGAACCACCUACACGGCGUCGUGGGAUCAUAUUGUGGCCAUUUAUGAACAUGACAAAAAAAAUGAAGAGUACGGUCUACGGGCUCUUUUUAAAUUGAAUCACAACCACAUUCACAUUGAAAGAAGUAAAAUGAAGGUAUCAAAUGCUGCACAAGUUUUCAGUCAUAAAGUUGCUUCAGUAAUUAAACUCGUUGCUGAUAAUGCUCCCAAAGAAAGCUUGCUGGCAAAUCCUGUAGGUACUGCAAAGUUAUGUUUAUUUAUGUACCAAACAUUUGAUUCUGUCAAUGCAUCUUCAAUAAAUGCUGAAUAUGGGAAACCUCUAAGGAGUGCUGUUCGAAAUACAUCCCUUCAUAUGGCACAUUGGAAGUAUGCCAUCAAAGAAUUCGAGUCAAUGAAGUUCAUCAACAAAAGAACUGGUAAACUCACCGUACCUCCUUCUGUAAAAAACUGGAUAUUCACAUUAAAGUCUUUCAUACAUCUUUGGCUUCAAUUAAAAAAAUGUAACAUAAAAUAUUUCUUGCCAAGGCAAGUGAACCAGGAUCCAUUAGAAUGUUUAUUUGGAAGUGUACGUAGUCAUGGUGUUAGGAAUAUUAAUCCUAAUUGUUAUCAAUUUAUGUGUUGGUUUAAAACUUUACUAAUUAACAACUUUAUGUCUUUAAAAGUAUCUGGAAAUUGUGUGAUUGACAAUAGUGAAAGUGCUUUGUAUAAUCUUAAGAACUUUAUAGAAAGUGGAUCUUCUAGCCUUCUAAUAAUUGAAAAUGAUAAAGAUGUAAAUUUAAUUAAUAUAACCAUGAUUGACUUACCAACUACAGUAAAGUAUACAUAUCUUACUGAUAUGACAAUAGGUUAUAUAUCUGGAUAUUUGGCUCGUUCAGUACUAAAAGACACUCAUUUUUGUAGACUUUGUAAAAAUGAAUUGAUUAGUGAUGUUGAAAAUAAUGAUUUAAUACAAAUUAGGGAUUUCACCAAAAAAUCAUUACUUUAUCCUUCUGAUAAAUUUAAAAAUGUAAUAAAUCAAAUGUUUUAUAUUACAAAAAAUAUUUUACCUAAUUUUGGUCAAGCCAAUAUAGGCCGCAAUGUAUAUAAAAGUGAUAAUCUUAAAGAGUUAGCUCUUAUUUAUUGUUUAAAAUAUAAAAGAAGAAAUUAA